CCGUCCCCUCUGCCACCAUGAGGAACAUCUUCAAAAGGAACCAAGAGCCAAUUGUGGCUCCUGCCACUACCACCGCCACGAUGCCGAUACUACCUGGCCCCGCAGACAACUCCACAGAGAGUGGGGGCGCUGGGGAGAGCAAGGAGGACAUGUUCGCCAAACUGAAGGAGAAGUUAUUCAAUGAGAUCAACAAGAUCCCCUUGCCUCCCUGGGCUCUGAUAGCUGUUGCUGUGGUUGCUGGCCUCCUGCUCCUCACCUGUUGCUUCUGCAUCUGCAAAAAGUGCUGCUGCAAGAAGAAGAAGAACAAGAAGGAGAAGGGCAAAGGCAUGAAGAAUGCCAUGAACAUGAAAGACAUGAAGGGAGGUCAGGAUGACGAUGAUGCAGAGACAGGCCUGACUGAGGGAGAAGGUGAAGGAGAAGAGGAGAAAGAGCCGGAGAACCUGGGAAAACUGCAAUUCUCCCUGGACUAUGAUUUCCAGGCCAACCAGCUCACUGUGGGCGUCCUGCAGGCCGCUGAGCUCCCUGCCCUGGACAUGGGGGGCACCUCAGACCCUUAUGUCAAAGUCUUCCUCCUCCCAGACAAGAAGAAGAAAUAUGAGACCAAAGUCCAUCGGAAGACACUGAACCCUGCCUUCAAUGAGACCUUCACUUUCAAGGUGCCAUACCAGGAGCUGGGGGGGAAAACACUGGUGAUGGCCAUCUAUGACUUUGACCGCUUCUCCAAACAUGAUAUUAUCGGAGAGGUAAAGGUGCCCAUGAACACCGUGGACCUCGGCCAGCCCAUUGAGGAGUGGAGAGACCUGCAGGGCGGUGAGAAGGAGGAGCCAGAGAAACUGGGUGACAUUUGUACCUCCCUGCGCUACGUGCCCACUGCUGGAAAGCUCACGGUCUGCAUCCUGGAGGCCAAGAACCUCAAGAAGAUGGAUGUGGGUGGCCUUUCAGACCCCUACGUGAAGAUCCACCUGAUGCAAAAUGGCAAGAGGCUCAAGAAGAAGAAGACGACGGUGAAGAAGAAGACCCUGAACCCCUACUUCAACGAGUCCUUCAGCUUUGAGAUCCCCUUCGAGCAGAUCCAGAAAGUCCAGGUGGUGGUCACGGUGCUGGACUAUGACAAGCUAGGCAAGAAUGAAGCCAUCGGCAAGAUCUUUGUGGGCAGCAAUGCCACAGGCACAGAGCUGCGGCACUGGUCCGACAUGCUGGCCAAUCCUCGCAGGCCCAUUGCCCAGUGGCACUCACUGAAGCCUGAGGAAGAAGUGGACGCACUUCUGGGCAAGAACAAGUAGGCAGUAGCGGCUGGGAACCCGCGCGCUUCACGGACGCUGACAAGAUCCAGAGCUAUCAAUACCUCAGUUAUGCAACCUUAGAGGUUUUUUCAUUUGUUUGUGGUGUGUCUUUGUUUUUCCUUCCUUUUUCCUCUUUUUAAAGAUCAACUUCCCUUUGAAGGCUGCGUGAGGAGAGUCCCCUUAGAGGUAAAAGAGAAGCCUGGCUCUGUUCAUCUCCUUGGAACUUCCCUUGCUGACUGCCCUGUCUUGUUGCCUUUCAGUUUUUCAAAGCUUCACUUAAGCCUCACCCUGAGUGAGGCCCUCUACUGGCAGAAAGUUGCAGCACUUCCUGUUUUUGUGUGGGUUCUGGACCAACAAAAUGGCGGCACACCCUGUUUCCUGACAGCAAAGGCAACACGGUGGCCAGUGAUGUGUGUGUGUGUGUGUGUGUGUGUGUGUGUUGUGUAGCUGUGUGUGUGUGUGUGUGUCUUUGAGUAUCUCUUCAUUCCUUGAAUGAGCCAUGGACAGUGAAGCUGAAGCUGUGUGGGAGAGGAGGAGCUUCAGGAACCCCAAACUGAAGAAAGCCCACUGUCUUAAGUGGAAGAUCUGUCAGCUUGUGGAGAAGACCCAGACUCAUAGUCAGAUGUCAGAGGCCCUCGUAUUCCUUGUGAGUGGCUCUUUGGGAGGCAGCA